AUGUCACAGCCUCCCAAUUCAGACAAUCAGGAGAAAGGCCCCCAAAACACGGCGAGAAGGUCUCACGACACAGACUCCAUCUGCGAAUCUGUUUCAUCGGUAGACACGCAGACCGACCACGAUGCGCUGGGCAAGACCUUGACGGCUCGCGCCUCGCGCACCUCGCACAUGUCAUUGUCAGAGCGAGUCACAACGAUUGCAACCAAUGCCACAGCCGAUCCAGACUACGAAGUGGACUGGGAUGAUGAUAAUGACCCAGAGAACCCAAAGAACUGGAGUCUCAAAUACAAAGCCAUGGGAAUUCUGUUCCUGUCAUGGAACACUCUCGUCGUUGUGCUAUAUUCAACUUCAUACACUUCAGGAACGGCGCUCAUCGCCGAGGAAUUCGGUGAGAAUGAAACAAUCGUCACCCUUGGCUUAACGUUCUAUCUUAUCGGCCUGGCUAUUGGAUCUAUGUUCAUGGCACCGCUGAGUGAAGUAUAUGGGCGCAAGCCGGUGUGCGUAAUCUGCUUGGCUGUUUUCACGGUUCUGAUCAUCCCUUGUGCGCUUGCGAAAUCUGUGACUACCCUCAUUGUCGUUCGAUUUAUUGGUGCUUUCUUCGGCAGUGUCAUGAUCUCCACGGCCCCUGGUAUGGUGGCUGACCUGGUGGAUGAUGAACACCGCGCAUUGGCAAUCUCAAUCUGGAGUAUUGGACCGUUGAAUGGACCAGUGCUUGGGCCUGUUAUUGGUGGGUUUGUUACUCAAUAUCUUGGCUGGCGCUGGAUGUGCUGGAUUGCUCUCAUUCUCUCUGCUGUUGCCUUGGUGUUUGCAAUUCUUCUCAAGGAAACGUAUGCGCCCACUUUGCUUCAGAAAAAAGCAGCCAAGCGCCGCGAGGAGAGUGGCGAGUCUCGCUGGUGGUGUCGCUACGACCAGACGGCUAGCCUGUAUGAGGUCCUAAAGCUGAACCUCAGUCGUCCAUUCGUCAUGGCUGUUACUGAACCCAUCUGUAUCUUCUGGGAUAUCUAUAUCGCCAUUAUCUACGGCAUCCUCUACCUUUGCUUCGUGGCCUAUCCAAUCGUCUUCCAAGAAAUCCGCGGCUGGGACCUCGGUCUAUCAGGCCUUGCCUUCCUUGGAAUCGGUAUUGGCGUGGUUCUCACCAUUGCCUGCGAGCCCCUCAUUCGCCGCUUGAUCAACAUGCACGCCCCAGACCCAGAGACCGGCAAGCCACCACCAGAAGCCGCAGUUUCAUUCGUCUGCAUAUGCGCCAUGAUCAUCCCAAUCGGCGAGCUCUGGUUCGCCUGGACUUGUUCCCCAGCUUCGAUCCAUUGGAUCGCACCCCUGCUGGCGGGCAUUCCAUUCGGCGCUGGAAACACCGGCGUCUUCAUUUACGCUUCCAAUUACCUGACUCACAGCUACGGUAUGUAUGCUGCUUCUGCGCUGGCUGGUAACUCUGUUAUCAGAAGUAUUCUCGGUGGUGUGUUGCCGCUUGCUGGCACGGCUAUGUAUGAUAGUCUGGGUCCGAACUGGGCGGGUACACUGUUGGGUUUGUUGGAGGUUCUGAUUGUCCCCAUUCCAUUCGUGUUCUACAAGUAUGGACACAAGAUCCGGAUGAAGAGUCCCCUGAUUAUGCGGAUGCAGGAGGAGAAGAUGAAGUUGGAGGGGAAGAGAGCCAAGAGAGCGCUUCAGCUGGCGAAUGCUAAUCGGAUGGAGGAAGAAAAGGCAGAGGUUUGA